AUGUCGGUCAAAGAAGACAAAGAAUUUCAGAAAAGUCCAGCGAUUGUUCGGAUAUCGGAAGAUGACAUUAGGACUAUUGCUGAAGAUCUCAGACUGAGACUCACAACGGAGGAAAGAAGUGCAAUUUACGAUUUCUGUGGCAAUGUCUGCAUAGAUUACCAGAGGGUAUACGAACUUGUGGUACCAUCCCCUACGGUCAAAUACCCAAGGACACCGGGACAUAGGGAAACCAACGACAAUGCUUGGUAUUACCGGUGUGACAUUAAAGGAGCCGAGAGGGGACUUUUGGUGGGGAAAACUGUAGCAAUCAAAGACAACGUGUGCGUAGCCGGGGUCCCCAUGAUGAACGGAAGUAAAAUACUGGAGGGGUUUGUACCCGACAGAGAUGCUACAAUUGUGGCAAGGAUACUGGAUACAGGUGGAAGAAUUCUAGGUAAAUCUGUGUGUGAGGAUAUGUGUUUCUCCGCUGGUAGUUCUACGUCAUCAUAUGGACCAAUAGGAAACCCUUAUGAUCCAACAAGAUCUGCGGGUGGAUCCAGCUCAGGUUCAGCUUCUCUGGUUGCCAGAAAUAUAGUCGAUGUAGCAAUUGGUGGGGACCAAGGCGGAUCGAUUCGGAUCCCGUCAAGUUGGUGUGGAAUUGUUGGAUUAAAACCAUCUUAUGGGUUGGUUCCUUAUACCGGGAUAAUACCAUCAGAAAUUACUAUUGACCAUGUGGGGCCAAUGGCCAGGACAGUGAAGGACUGUGCAACUCUGUUAGAGGCGAUUGCUGGAUACGACAACGGUAACGAUCCGCGACAGUUUCCAACUAUAUCAGUUCCUCUAUAUUCAGAAUUGUUUAACAAAGGGAUAAAAGGAAAGAAGAUAGCAAUUCUCAAGGAAGGUUUUGAAGGAGUAGAUGAAGAUGCGGCGAAGAUUGUAAAGGAAGCAGCUUAUAGACUGAAAGAGGCGGGAGUUGAAGUCAUAGAAGUUUCCCUCCCAGUUCAUAAAGAUGGUGUGGCUCUACGAAUGCCAGUUAAUAUUGAAGGGACAUACCAAACAAUGGUGAAAGGAAAUGGUCAUGGAUAUAGCUGGAAAGGAAAUUACGACCUACCCUUUCAGGAAGCUCUGGCGAGAUCUUAUAACCUCCGCCCAUUUGACUGCCCCCUACCGGUCAAAAUCGUCAUGAUAUUUGCAGAGUUUAUGCAGAGGAAUUAUCAAAACAAAUUUUACGCCAAGGGACAGAACCUGAUACAAUAUCUGACAAUGGAGUAUAGCAGAAUUUUCAAGGAUUUUGAUGCCAUGGUAAUGCCGACACUUCCGGGGAAGGCAUUUAAACUUCCUACAUCAGAUAAUUCUGUUGAAGAAACAUUGAAACUCCUGGUUGGAAUGAUACAAAACACAGCUCCAUUCAACGCCACAGGACACCCUGCCCUGACCAUUAACGCUGGAUUUACUGAGGGACUUCCGUGUGGGAUGGUGAUAGUAGGGAAAAUGUUCGAUGAAACUACAGUUCUACAGGUCGCCAGAGCCUACGAGAAAAUUCGGGAUGGGGCUUGAUUUUGUAUACCUUUCGUUUAAUAAACUCUGCACAAAUGCGUUGGUGAGA